CUGGGUAGCCAUGGUGAGGCCGGCCCCCCUCCCCCUCCCGCCGCCGCUGCUGAAUGCAUUAGUCUAAUGAGAUGUCUGCAGCCUCUGUGCCUCAGCAGCAGCAGCAGCGGCGGCAGCUAACAGGACGAACGGCGCAAGAACAACAUGGCUCUCUGUGAUCUGUGAGGAAAUAUAGCAGUUUGUUUUGGGAGACAAAGAGGGGACCUUUUGUUGUCCGCAGCAGAAGACAGCAGCUCCAAAUGAGUUUACCUGCAGCAUCGGUGCAGAAGUCGGACAGCAACAACAGUGAAAUGCAAUCAGCUGCAGUGGCGCCCUCUUUCCUGCCCAGCCAGUCGGGGAAGAUACCCGGCAGGAAGAGAGGGAGACCCCCACUUCGGAAUGUGCCCAAGAUGGACUUCUCCAGCCGGUACCCUGACUCACUCCCGCCACUCAAAGUGCCCAAGAAGAGGGGCAGAAAGCCAGGAUUCAAGCUCAAGCCCAGGAUGGUGAUGACGCCUCUGGCGAUCUCUCCACCCAGCAGCACCCCAGAACCCGACAUGAGCUCCAUUCCCCAGGACGCCGCCACCGUCCCCCACUCUGCCACCCCCCAGGUGCUCACAGUCUGCAUCUACAUCAACAAGCAGGCCAACACCGGCCCCAACCUGGACAGGAAGAAGAUCCAGCAGCUCCCGGACCACUUCGGGCCCGACCGGCCCUCGGUGGUCCUGCAGCAGGCGGUUCAAGGCUGCAUCGACAGCGCCUAUCACCAGAAAACUGUCUUCACGCUCCUCACUCAGGGCUACGGCGGCGAAAAAAUAUCAGCGACGUUUGACGGGAAGCAGCACCUUCUCAGCCUCCCCGUGGUGAACAGCAUCGACUACGUGCUCCGCUUCCUGAAGAAACUGUGUCGCAGCCUGCACUGCGAGAACCUCUUCAGCGAUCAGCCCAUUACUCAGCACAGCAGCUCCUACCACUCAGACGCAGAAACAUCUCGGGCAGAAGACUAUCAUUUAGAGCAGACGGAGGGCAAACGCUACUCUGUAGAUGCUGGGGAGACCACUUACAGCUCCAUCAGCUCCUCCUACUCCCCAAAGUCAUACGGAUUCCGGUCCUCACAGCAGUUCUCCAGCAGCUCGGCCUCCAUGUGUCGGCAGGCGUCGACCAGCCCCAACACGUUCAGCGACACCAACAGGACAGGAGGCUACAACGCGUCUCCAGAGUCGCAGGAGUCCAAAGCUCCCGCCAAUAAGAACCCAUCAACGUGGUCUGUUGAUGAUGUGGUGUGGUUCGUCCGGGAGGCCGACCCCAACGCUCUGGCUCCACACGCCGAAAUCUUUCGGAAACAUGAGAUCGACGGGAACGCGUUGUUGCUGCUCAAGAGCGACAUGAUCAUCAAGUACCUGGGACUGAAGCUGGGACCGGCCUUGAAGCUCUGCUUUCACAUCGACAAACUAAAGCAGGCCAAGUUUUGAACAUCACCAUGACGUCUCACAUCACGAUCAGCCCUUUCUCCUGUCUGGGAUUAUAAUCUUCCACAUCAUAACAGGUUCCAUCACUGGACGGCACAUGGGUCUGAAAUGAUUGUAGUUCACGACGGAAAUAAGCUUCAAAAAUGCUUGUUUAUCACACGUUUUUUAUUCAGGAAAAGACUGUCUUUUUGUUUAUUUUUUAUAUAAAAAGCCAGCUGGCGGAAAGUGAUGACAUCACUCCUCACACACACCUCAUCUGAAAACACAACUGGAAAUUAGACUCUAUUUUUAUUGUUUUUUAACUCAUGUUUUUAAAGGAGACUCCUUCUGCGACUGCACAAUAUCCUCAUAUCUGUCAACAUAUCUUCAAGAGUAGCCUCUGCCAGUAAACAGGAACUUCAAAACACUAUUCUAAUAUUGGAUUGCAGUCGACGAACAUGAUGGUGUUUGCUCACCUAAAACUCUCUCAUAAAUGCACGGGAAAACCAGCACAUGAAACUUUUCAGCUGUUCGACACUGUAAUCAUAGUUUACUGGACUUUAAGUACAGUCUUUUUUUGGGAAAUUUCACACACAAAUGACGUUUUUGAUGUGUGUGAUUGGUGUAUUAAUAUGCAAGAUUGUUCAACACUUCAACAGACAUUGUUUUUUGCUUGAGGAGAGCGAGGUUUCACAACACUCUGCUUUUGUAGACCGACCUGGUGUUUAAUCUAUUAACCUCUGUAAGUGAAUGCUGCUGACAUGUAAGCCAUUUCUAUAGUCAAACUCAAGCUGCAGUGUUUUUAUUUUGGUAUUCUCCAGAGGUCUGGAGAACACUGAGGUAAUCUGCUCCGGUGCUAAAGUUCUAUACGUAUUUAAAUGUUGGCUUUUGUGUUUGUGAUCUGAAGUGUAUCUUGUACUGUACGUGACUAUCCAAUCAAUAAAAUCAAUUGAGAGUUUCCUGCGUUCUAUUGUUGUUUAUUUUGAGAGCUGCUGAGACUUUUGAAUGGUAUUUUAGAUGUGGUGCUUCAAGGGGCCUGAAGCUGCUCCUUCUGAGCUUAUAAAGUGAUAC